AUGACGCAUGUAGAACUUACGAGCUCCGUAUUGGGCUUCGUCGCCAUCUCCUCAGAAGACGAGCUCGACUUCGUUUUCGUCGCCAUCUCCGCAGAAGACCAUCUCCGAUUUCGAGUUUCAGACCACUGGCGCAUCUUCAUCUUCUUCCACGCAAGCGAUCUUGGUCUUCGACCAUCGAUCUGGAGUCUUCGUCCACCGGUACCGAUCUUGGUCUGUGUUUCAGUGAGUGAUCUUCGUGCUCGCCAUCUCCGCCGAAGUCGACCUCCGAUUCUGACUUGCAGACUGCCAUUUAUCCUCAUCACCAUCUUCGUCCACGGUAAGCUUUCCGGCCCAACCAUAUCUGGUUUUCGGUUUAUCCUUCAUCUAAAUCUAAUGGGCAAUUUUUGUACUAAAAAUUUAUAAUUACAGAAAACUUUCACGAGUCCAACUUAUUAUUACAGAAAAUUUAG